CUCAAGUUUUGGAACAUUGACUAAACCUAAGCAAGGCAUAUAAUUUGGUAGGAUAAACAUCCUUUCAACUAAAGUGAGUUUCAUGUAAAGUUUGAUCAUUCUUUUAUUUUAUUUGAGAAAAAAAUUAAUAUAUGUUCAAAUUUGGCAUGAGGUAUGAAAAGAAAUUUCUCAAGUUGAAAUAGGCUAUUUUAUCCUAUAAAAUUUCAAAAUUUCUAGCAGAAACAAAAGAAAAACGUGAUUCCAAACAUGGUUAGAGCUUAACUGAUUAAAUGGCCGUAUCAUUUAAGUGUUGGCAAAUCCGAUUUUUUUGCCGGGCCUAGAAUGUAUCUUCAACUUCACCCGUGGGCCCACUAGUGAGUGAACUGAAUUGUGUAAAAUUCUGGAAAACAAUUUCUUUGCUGGUGGUCGGUCUCUCAUCAAAACAACAAAACAAGCAUUCCAUGUUGUUGGAUAAUUACAAUUAACUUGAGUAGCAAGUUAACUCAUUAAAGUGAAGUUUGAUGGGUUAAGGAAAAAGGAAAAAGGAAAACAUAUCGAGCUUAGGAAUGUUUCCAUAUAUUAUUAUUAGGAAAAGAUGUAGCUUCUUCCUAUAUAAAGAGUUCUCAUGCAGAGAUGUUCCAUCAAGAGAAACACAUUGAAAGGUUUAGUUUUGAGAGAGUUUCUAAAUCUAAUAAGAAGAGAAGUUCUUAUAAUCUUUGUGUUUGUGCAAGUUUAAUUGGUAUCAGAGCUCCAGGUUUCGAAGGUCGUUUACGAGAGGAGUUGUAACUUCGAUCAAAACAUGGGAGACGAUUCUCAAGCACAUGAUAAAUGUCUUGAGAUGAAGAAGGACAUACGAUGUCCGAUGCUAACAUCGACCAACUACACCGUAUGGUCGAUGCGAAUGAAAGUGAUGCUUCGUUUAUACGAAGUUUGGGAUACAAUUUAUCCAGGGAGUAACGAUGCAAAGAAGAACAAUAUGGCGAUUGCUCUAAUCUUUCAAUCAGUCCCGGAGGCGCUAAUACUUCAGAUUGGAGAACAUGAUACAUCGAAGAAGAUUUGGGAAGCUAUCAAAUCCCGUAACCUAGGUGCUGAUCGCGUGAGAGAAGCAAGGUUACAAACUUUGAUGUCUGAGUUCGAAAAACUGAAGAUGACAGACACAGACACGGUGGAUGACUACGCAGGAAAACUUUCAGGCUUAGCAUCGAGAGCAGCCGCGUUAGGAGAGAUAAUGGAAGCAUCAAAGCUGGUAAAGAAGUUUCUGAAGGGACUUCCAAGAACGAAGUUCAUUCACAUCGUAGCUUCGUUAGAACAAGUGUUGGAUCUAAAUUCAACAGGAUUCGAAGACAUUGUUGGGAGAUUGAAGGCUUUCGAAGAACGCAUCAAAGAAGAAACCCAAGAUGAAGAUCAAACGAAGCUAAUGUUUGUAAAGAAUGAUGCACAAGGUCGUGGAAGCCAUAGCAACUCGCGAGGAAGAGGCAGAGGUAGAGGUUAUGGUGGAAGAGGAAGAGGACGAGGAAGGUCUAAUGGUUCUGAUGGUCAUAACAAAGGAGGAGAAGCUUCAGACAAGACCAAG